AUCUUUGUCUUUGUCACUUCAAUAGAAUGUGACUGUGAUCAAAUAAAAUAUUACUUCCGCUCUAGCACAAGCUGUAAGGUCACGGGGAACAUGGCGGCGCACAGGGUGAUGAAGUCGGCAUUGACAUGCUUUUCAAAUGCUCAGCGCAUCGUGGCAAAAACCGGCUGCUUCCCCACAUUACAAAACGUUAACCCGUUGCCACAGCUCGCUGUGUUCGGGUAUGUUCCUAGCCGCGGGAUCGUAAAAGUGGUGGAGAAACAAGAGGGUAAAACCAUAACCGUAGAGGGAUUGACUGUUGAAUCCCCUGAAAGUCCUGUGCCACCCAACCCCUCCGCUCACUGCCCCAUCUACAGAUGGAACCUCCAGAACAAAUACGGCUACACUGACGUGCUGCUGCUCAGUCAGUUCAUCCGCUCUGAUGGGGGCAUGUUGUCACGGCGAGUAACUGGACUCUGCACUCCUGAGCAUUACAAGAUCGCAGCCUGCGUCCGCAUGGCCCAGCGAGCAGGUUUGCUUCCAGACCAUAAGCCCACUCUUCCAGAGGGUCAUAUUCCUAAACCCAAACCACAGCUCAACAGAUACCUGUCGCGUUGGUCAGUAGGCACAGCCAGACCCAUCUAUAAAAGUGGGUUGAAAUGGUGUAAGAAGCGGAUGGCUGUGGGAGACCCCAUCCUCAAGAACAACAUUCAAUAUGGGAAAAGACCCAUUCGCUACUGGCACUGACAAACACACACAUACACACACUUCAUACUCAAGAUCAUUGAGUAUAAGCCACACAUUACAGUCGUACUUGUGUGUGUGUGUGUGUGUGUGGGGGGGGGCUGUAAAUGUG